UGUAGUCGUCUACUACACUUACCCGUGUAACCCGGCUGCCCGAGUGGCAAUUGGCAUGCAUUAUCCUGAGGACACGCGUCCUCUGCACAUCACCUCUCACAGCGAACCUUACCUUACCUCGCUGAAGUUUCAUCAGACUCCCAACCAAAUUCUGUAACCAAAAUGACAGAAACCAAAUGUGAAGUUGAAGUGAUCCAUUCAUGGUCUGCACCAAGGUCUCUCAGUACUUGCCUUAUGUAUUCCUUCGCACAGAGGGACGAUAUAGAAGUUCUCGAUGAGCCGUUGUAUGCAAAUUUUCUCAAAGUAACUGGAGCAGAGAGGCCCUACAGGGAUGAAGUUCUUUCGAAUAUGGAAUGUGAUGGAAAUAAAGUGGUCAAGGAUAUUAUUUUUGGUCCAGGAGAAAAGAAGUACCGGUACUGUAAGCAUAUGGCAAAACAACACUUACUUGGUUUGACAGAUGAGUUAAUUAAGAGAGGAAAACACUUCAUACUCAUCCGCAAUCCCCUCGAGAUAUUGCCAUCUUUUGAUGAGGUCGUCUCCCCAUCAUUUCUUGAGUUAGGGCUGGGAGAACUUGUCUCUAUAUAUGCUGAGCUAUCCAGACUUGGAAAGCCCCCACCUGUCAUUGAUGCUGCAGAUCUUCGAACUGAUCCUGAGGCUACCUUACGCGGCCUUUGUGAAGAUCUUGGCAUACCUUUUCAAUCUGCAAUGCUUAAAUGGGAAGAAGGGCCAAAAGCAUAUGAUGGAAUUUGGGCCCCAUGGUGGUAUAAAGCCGCACAUAAGGCAACAUGUUUCGUUCCAUCUAGAAAGUAUCCAUUGCCAUUUCCAUUGUCUUUGUAUGAUAUGCUGGAGCAAAGCUUGCCUUUAUAUAACAUCCUUCGGCGUCAUUCAAGAAGGACUAUGCCUCUUCCUAAGAUUCCUAUUCCGGCUAAUGAAAAGCUUCUUGCAUGGGUUGGAGAUGAAAUUUUGCCCCGUGAGAAUGCAAAGGUCUCUGUGUUUGAUUCCGUUGUCCAAGGUGGUGAUGCAGUCUGGGAAGGGCUUCGAGUGUAUUCUGGGAAGAUAUUAAAGCUUGAAGAUCACUUAGAUCGGUUGUUUGACUCAGCAAAAGCCUUAGCUUUCUCUAGUGUACCAACCCGUGAAAUGAUCAAGGAUGCCAUAUUCAAGACUCUUAUAAGCAAUGGAAUGUUUGACAAUGUACACAUACGACUAACUCUAACGCGUGGCAAGAAGGUAUCUUCUGGAAUGACCCCUGCUUUAAACCUUUAUGGAUGUACUUUAAUUGUUCUUCCUGAAUGGAAACCACCUGUCUAUGACAAUGCAAAAGGCAUCACAUUGGUGACAGCAACCACUAGGCGUAAUUCUCCAAAUAAUUUGGAUUCAAAGAUUCACCAUAACAACCUUCUCAAUAACAUUCUUGCUAAGAUAGAAGGAAAUAAUGCAGAAGCUGAUGAUGCUAUCAUGCUGGAUAAAGAUGGCUAUGUGUCGGAAACAAAUGCUACUAACAUUUUCUUGGUGAAGAAAGGCCGUGUUGCAACACCUCAUGCCGACUUCUGCCUUCCAGGCAUCACAAGAGCAACUGUAAUAGAGCUCGUGCGGAAGGAAAACAUUGUAUUUGAGGAGCGACGGAUUAGUUUAUCAGAGUUUCACACUGCAGAUGAGGUUUGGACCACUGGAACCAUGGGAGAACUAACUCCGGUCACCAAGAUUGAUGGCCGGCUUGUUGGAUGUGGUCAAGUGGGUACCAUAACUCUGAGACUACAAGAUGCUUACAGAAAGCUCACAGAAGAGACAGGGGUUCCUAUACCAACAUAUCAGUUGACUUGAAUACUGGUUCUGUAAGGUCUAUUAACAUGAUGAUCCGCGUUGAAGCAUGGAGUUCCUCUUCUAUCACUUCACAUUGUAAAAGGAAUUGAAGUCGGCAUUUCGAGCUUUCGGCUGAAAAUUUCAGUUUGUUGCUUAUGAGAUAUGAGUUAUUCUAGUGUGUGUAAACUACACUCAAUAAUUAGGCAUGAAGUCCAAUUGUAUAAAAGGUAACUUUUGUGUCUGAUUUGUUAAUAAUGAUUAUGUAACAUGUUACGACAUACCAUAUUGGAACUAUUUGGGAUAUGAUGGCAGCGUAGUAUUUUGUAUUUACUGUAUAGCCAGCUGUGCUGAUCUGAGAGCUUGUUGUGAGAUUUAAAAUGGCUAAAGUGGCAUAAUUUAUUAAGUCAGUGAA